UAGCGCGCCGCUUCCCAAUCUGGUCUGAAUGCCGGGCCUGUGCCUCCUCACCCCUCCCCUCUGCUGCCCGUCGCCCAGAACGAGGCACAUAUGCCCAACCCUCCCGCCACUGCUCUGAAAGUCACCACCCCUCCUCCCGUAUCGUCCCCAGCUCCGACACCUGCCCUUGUUGCUCAGUCCUCCGCUCCUGCCCCAGCCUCUUCCCCCCUCUCCACAGUUCCGGUCCGUGUCAACACCCCGACCCCUGCUCUGCUCCCAAGUCCAUCCCAGGCCACCUCUCCUGUCGCGCCUGGUCCCUCCAACCCUUCCGGGGAGUCUGCAGUCUCAUCCUCCCAUGCGACCACCGCCCCUACUGGGUCCCAGCCCGUCCCCACAACCACAGAGCCUCCCAACCAACCAGCCCCACCAGAUGCCCCGGCAUCCGCAGAUAACACCCCAGCGUCAGUUGAACCUGAGGGUCUACAGCAAGAAGAGGCAGCUGCUACUGAGAAGACUGCAGAAGAUGGUGCAACUAUAUCCGAGCAAGGAUGGGCAAAGAAAAGAAAGACGCCCGUCAACUUAGUCCCAAGGGUUGCCGUGGAGAAGCCGAAGGGUCCUAGCAGACGGAGCUCGCGGGCGGACAAGGAGGUGGACGAGGAGACCGUGGCAGACAGCAUGCAGAGGAAGAGACCGGCCAGGCCUGGAGCUAGUGCCGCUACUAAAGAGACGGGUGCCAGCCCUACCCAGGCUAAGAGAAGGAAGUCUAAAUGACCACAGAAUAAAACCCUGUGGACUCAAAUGUACAUUCAUUUUUCUCUGUCAAUCAUUUGAUGAGCUACUGUUCUCCUGAUUUAUGAAUUUAAGUAUGUUUCCCCUUUCACAUGUGGUCCUACUUUCAUUCUUUCUAAUUAUGUUAUAAAGGUGCAAAACACAACAAGCUCACAUUACAUCGGAAUGUUAUUUUGGCAUAUGUCUCUGCACUAGAAAGUUGAAAUGCUGUUUUCACUACAACUAUUGGAAUAAACAAAAGACGCAGACAUUAUCCAGAUGAGCUUAUGUUGUAAUUUGAGUUUGAGUGUUUUAUAUAAUGUUAUAACAUGAUAACAUACUUCCAUUUUGCAUUGUAGUCAAUGGCUUGUGACCACUAAGCAAAAUUUGACAACCAAUUUUCUCUGUAUCGAAGGAAUAUAUAAACUGUUUUUGGGGAUCAACUACAAGCACAUAAAGUGAAAAUAAGGCCUCAUGUAAAAAUGGCUAAACUACCCCUGAAUGGAGAAAAUGUACAGAUAACUGUUUGCAAAUAAUUUGUUGAUGUUUUGUCCUGCUAUCAUGUGAGGUUGUAGCGAGUGUGCGUGCGUGUGUGCGUGCCCUUUAGUUUUUAGUUUUUUAUGCUGGAUUAAUCAUGUGAAGACUGAUAAAUGUGACUCAAUUGUAUAAUUAUGUUGUAAAACUGAAUUAAAUUUUCUACUACUUA